UUAACGAGAUAAGUUUUGAGUUAAAGACAAUGAGAAAUUCAGUAUUUUCCCUAGUUUCCAUAGCAGGAAUGUGUAUUCUCAUUUUGGAAGGACCAGGAUGGAGCGUUUUAGGAUGCAGCUCUAAUAAUGAUUGUCGUCAUCAUGACUGUGAUUCCGGAGAAACGCCUCAGUGUUCUUCUCAUAGUUCUCAUAGACACUGUCAUUGUAAAGAUUCAGGAUGUCACUCUGAUUUAGACUGUCUGUCUCAUUCCUGUGGUACCGGACAAACGCCUCACUGUUCUUCUCAUAGUUCUCAUAGAAACUGUUAUUGUAGAGAUUCAGUAUGCCACUCUGAAAAUGAUUGCCAUUCUCAUUCUUGUGAUGCCGGACAAACGCCUUAUUGUAAAAAUGGAGGAUGCAAUUGUAGAGAUUCAGGAUGCCACUCUGAUUUAGACUGUCUGUCUCAUCCCUGUGGUACCGGACAAACGCAUCACUGUUCAUCUCUUGGAAGCUGUAACUGUAAAGAUUUGGAAUGUAAUUCCGAUUCAGACUGUCAAUAUCAUUCCUGUAGUAGCGUAGAGACACCCGUUUGUUCAUUUGGAAUCUGCUACUGCAAAGACAUAGUGUGCCAAACCAAUUCAGAUUGUCAGUAUCAUCGUUGUGAAGCUAGUAAAACACCAUACUGUGUUUUUGGUAGCUGUUUCUGUGAAGACAUUGUGUGCCAAACCAAUUCAGAUUGUCAGUAUCAUCGUUGUGAAGCUAGUAAAACACCACACUGUGUUUUUGGUAGCUGCUUCUGUGAAGACAUUGUGUGCCAAACCAAUUCAGAUUGUCAGUAUCAUCGUUGUGAAGCUAGUAAAACACCACACUGUGUUUUUGGUAGCUGCUUCUGUGAAGACAUUGUGUGCCAAACCAAUUCAGAUUGUCAGUAUCAUCGUUGUGAGGAUAGUAAAACAACAUACUGUGUUUUUGGUAGCUGCUUCUGUGAGGCAACAACUUCAACAGAAGCAGCAACUUCCACCUCAUUUAAAAACACAGCAGUGACAACACCAGCAUUGUCACCACUAACAACAACACAACAUACAACGAAAACAACAAAUCUACUAACAAUACCUGAAACAACAACAACAACGACACCGACAACAACAUCAACGAUACCGACAUCAUUAACAUCGACGACAACAACGACGACACCGACAACAACAACAACAACAACAAUUGAAGCACCGACAAAUACCCCCGAUCCUACCACAGUAGAUCCACAACUUCUAAUAAAAUGUACGAAUCACACCGAGUGUAGUAGUCAUGUUUGUCCGGCUGGUAAACACCCAUACUGUAGCUUUGGUCAGCGUUCAUCGGAUUGCCAGUGUACCGAUUGUACGGAUAACAGUCACUGCUUUUGUCCUGCAGGACUAGUAGGAAUAUGUCAUUUUAACUAUUUCGACCGCAGCUAUUCCUGUGUCUGUGGAUUAGCACGAGACACAACAAUACAACCCAAAGAAACAACAACAGUUCCCCCAACAACAGUACAGCAUGAGACUACCACAACACAACAAACAACGCCGGCAUUAGGCAUGAGAUGUCACAUUUGUGGAGACAAUGACAACGGUAUACCGUGCGACACACGAUCCAUUUACACCGGUAAUCUUCAACAGUGUGGUCCAGGUGAAGAUUUCUGUAUGACGGACUUGAUACACAAUGGACAGACGUAUCCUACAAUAUUUAAACGAUGUGUGACGGAGGAAGAGUGCCGGAACAAGUGGCUCCACCAAACAUCUGACCUUGAACACUGCACAAACUAUGGCAACGUCAUUGUAGAAGGUCACUACAGCUGUCACUUCUGUUGUACAUCGGACGGAUGUAACUCGAAUCAGAUUCCUGAGAAAUCCACACUUUACAUUAAAGCCUGAGCCUUACUUUAUAUGGAGUAUAAUGUAAACUUGUUUAAUAUUACAAUACAAAUAAAAUGGUCUUCAUUUUCGGUGA